AACCCCCCAACAUUUCCUUUGCAGAAGCAGAGAGGACUUUUCAUCUCGUCCGCACGACAGGAAAGUUGGCAACUUAAAUGUUAAACUCGCCUGGGACUGUGGGGUGUUGACAUCAUUGUGAUCUCACCGCUGUAACCGGAGCCUUCCAGCUUUUCCUCCAGCCUGCCUUUAAAUACCAGCCCUGGAGCCAGCACAGCACGCGUUCCUCCACUGGAGCCCAGGGCAGAGCCGGCAGAGCCCUCUGAUGAAAGCAAAGACAAGCUCCAGCACCGCGGCCAUGUCCACGUCCCUGCGGGUGAGCCCCUCGGUCCACGGCUACCGCUUCGACACGGCGCUGCGCAAGAAAGCCGCGGCCAACAUCUUCGAAAGCAUCAACGAGGCGUCCCUGCAGAAACUCUUCAGAAACUCCGGGGACAAGAAGGCGGAGGAGAGAGCCAAGAUAAUCCUCGCCACCGACCAGGACAUGGAGGAAAAAACGAGAGCGCUAAUGGCACUAAAGCAGAGGAGAAAAGACAAACUGCUGCAGUUCCUGACACUUCGGAAAUACUCCAUUAAAGUUCACUGAGCUGGCGGAGGGAGCAGACAUGGAGAACGUUUUGUGACGGGACUGUUUGGGACCUCCUACACACUCAGCAUGCUCCUCUGCCCUGUGGGCCUGGGGACCUGAGAGUCCCCAAGGGGCUUCAGCCCCACCGCAAGCCACGAGCCCACAGCGGCAUGGCUGCGGGGCAGCAGCAUCGGUGCCCAUGGCAGCCCUGGUGUGGCCAGCAGGAUCAGUGCCCAUGGCACAUCGGUGUGG